UCUUCAACUCAUUUUCCAAAAUAUUUCAUCAUCAAACCUAUCAUUUACCCAAUUCUAAUUUCUUUUAAACAACCUCAAAAAGACCUUUUGUUUUCAGAUGGCAGCCCAUCAAGUACUUUAGGAAAUGUAUAAUUUCUUCUUUAUUAUGUCUGCUUUCUUCCUUUUUUGGCUAUUUGUUUUGAGAUAAUAAGCUCAGACUGGUCAAACUUUCUUUCUCUCCAUCUGAUUCCCUUGGAUAAAAGUCACCUUGUUGGCGGGUCGCAGCAGCCUGGGUGGCGGGAGCAGCGCGUUGGCCAGGCAGCUCAGCUUCAGAAGGCUCCCGCGCGCCCCGCCAGGAUGCCCAAGAGGAAGGUUAGCUGGGCCGAAGAUGCAGCGAGGGAGGAACCCAAGCGCAGGUCGGCACCCCUGUCGGCUAAGCCUGCUCCAGCCGAGGCGGACGCCAAGCCCAGGAAGGCGGCGGGCAAGGAUAAAUCUUCUGACAAAAAAGUUCAAACAGAAGAGAAAAGGGGAGCAAAGGGAAAACAGGCUGAAGUGACUAACCAAGAAACAAAAGAUUUACCUGCCGAAAAUGGAGAAACUAAAAACGAGGAGAGUCCCGCCUCUGAUGAAGCAGAAGAGAAAGAAGCCAAGUCUGAUUAAUCACACACCAUGUCCUAUCAGUGGUCCCGUUUCCCUUCUUGUACAAUCCAGAGGAAUAUUUUUAUCAACUAUUUUGUAAAUGCAAGUUUUUUAGUAGCUCUAGAAACAUUUUUGAAAAGGAGGGAAUCCCACCUCAUCCCAUUUUUUAAGUGUAAAUGAUUUUUUUUAGAAGCGAAAUCAUUUACUGGUUGUUUAUUUUUGGGUACAACCAGAAAAUAGUGGGAUAUUGAAAUAUGGGAGGCUUGGACUGUCUUGGGUGUCAGCUUAACAUUCCAUAGGUGAGGGUCAGUUUUAUAU